CUCUCUUCCCUUUCAUCCUCGUCGCCUUUCAAUCUUUCUCUUUCCUUUGCUAGACCUAACAACAAGAUUUCAUCGGAGCCAUGGGUUACUUCAGGGAAGCCACCGGCAUCCCCGGCCCCAGCGGAUUCGGAUCCGCCUCCACCGCCGAGCAGGUCACCGACGGCAUCGACGCCUCCCUCCUCACGGUCAUCAUCACCGGUGGUAGUAGCGGGAUCGGAGCCGAGGCUGCAAGGGUGAUGGCCCUCAGAGGAGCCCAUGUCAUCAUCGGCGCCAGGAACACCGAAGCUGCCAGUGAAGUAAAGCAGAGCAUUCUACAGAGCACCCCAUCUGCUAGAAUCGACAUCAUACAGAUAGAACUCAGUUCGCUCAAGUCCGUCCGAGCCUUCGCCGAGAAGUUUCUUGCCAUGGAUCUUCCUCUAAACAUCUUGACAAACAAUGCCGGCGUCAUGUACUGUCCGUUUCAACUUUCGGAGGAUGGGAUAGAGAUGCAGUUUGCUACCAAUCAUGUCGGUCAUUUUCUGCUGACCAAACUUCUGCUUGACAAAAUGAAAAGCACAGCAGAGAGGACAGGAAUUGAGAGCCGUAUUGUGAAUCUGUCAUCCGAAGCUCACAUGACAACAUAUAGAACAGGAAUAAGAUUCGACAAACUCAACGACAAAGACUUUUACAAUGACAAAUUGGCAUAUGGACAGUCCAAAUUGGCCAACAUAUUGCACGCCAACGAGCUAGCUAGGCGCCUGAAGGAAGAAGGGGUGCUAAAUGUCACAGCAAAUUCACUUCAUCCUGGUCUGAUCAGGACAAACUUGGCAAGGCACUCUACUGCCUUCGUCGGUAUGCUCCUAAAACCAAUGAAUUCAUGUAGUCAAAGCUUUAAAACUUACACUCAUGCCUUCCUUUUGCUUGUAGGUGCUUUGCAAACUGCAACUUGCGUCUUAUGGAAGACCAUACCUCAGGGAGCUGCAACUUCAUGCUAUGUCGCAUUGCAUCCAAACAUUAAGGGCGUGAGUGGAAAGUACUUCGCUGAUUGCAAUGAGUCGAAGACAACUUCUAACGGUAGAGAUGAAUUAUUGGGAAGAAGACUCUGGGAUUUCAGCGAAAAACUAGUUAAAUCAGCUUAGAAAAAAUUAAAAGGUUAUAAUAUGUCUGUAUUAUGAGUCUUGAUAGACUCUAUUAUCUGUUUAUGUUGUUAGUGUACAAUGUCUCUUGACUUCGUAUUAUUGUGUUCCAUAUAUAUUGCUAUUCAGUUUCAUCUUUCAUCAA